AUGAUUAUUAAGAUGGGAAGUAUUGAAGUGUUCUUCCCAAAGGAUAAAAUAUACCCAGAGCAGAUGCAGUACAUAAAAGAGCUGUACGAGGUAAUGCAAGCAAAGGGGCACUGCCUAAUCGAAAUGCCAACGGGCACGGGGAAAACGAUUGCAUUGCUGAGCUUCUUAGUGAGCUACCAGAUACACCUUAUGACGCAAGGCAAGGGCCACGAAAAAGUCAAAUUAACUGGAUUUAAAAGAAAAGAAGGCGUCUUUAAAAUUGUGUACUGCACAAGAACAACUGCUGAAAUAGAGAAGGUUCUGCAGGAGCUGAAAGAGCUGCAUGCAUACAUUAAAGAGUACAUUGCAGACCUUGAGUACACAGGGGUUGGCCUAGCUGCAAGGCGCACGCUGUGUCUCAAUACAGACAUAAACACAGAGAGCGCGGCGGGGAUCAACAGAAGAUGUAAGCAAGAAAAAGAAGGCUGCGAAUACUACAGAGGGUAUGUGGAGAGCACAGGCGGGAUUCCCAGCGGAAUACACACGCUGGGCGACCUAAAGGAGAGCGGGGAGAAGGGGAAAAGGUGCGCGUACUACACCGCAAGGUCCUCGAUAUUUCUGGCCGACUGCAUUGUGUACACAUACAACUACAUGAUCGAUCCGAGAAUAAACGAGCUGGUGAGCAACGGCCUGGGGAGCAACUGUGUGGUGGUGUUUGACGAGGCGCACAACAUAGACAGCGUGUGUGUGGAAGUGCUGACUGUGCACAUAAACAGAGCGUGCCUGGACAAAGCAUGGAAGAGCCUCUGCGAUAUUUCAGACUAUUCUGUUGGGCUGGCAAUUAGCAAAAACGAAAAAGUAGCAUACGAGUACUCGCACAGAAAAGGGAUUCGGAGCGACUUUUCGUCUCUUUUGGAGGGGCACAAGUCCAGAAGAAAGUUUACGUCGGUGGUUCCAGGGUCUUUGCGCAGCAUGGCAGGGUUUAUAUCCGCAGCCAAGCGAAUAAUUGAGUUCUUCAAGGCCAAGCUGAAGAACGUGAACUUGACCACUGAAACCACAGAGACUUUUAUCAAAGCGCUUGAGUCCACGGUGUACGUUGACUUUUCGUCGCUUGUGCACCUGUCAAGAAGGCUCCGGGAGGUGCUGGGCGAGAUGGAGAUGCACGGGUUUACAGAGGACUGUGCAGAGCUCUCGCGUGUGUGCGACUUCUGCUCGCUGUGUGGCCAGUUUACACGCGGGUUUUCUGUUAUUUUUGAGCCGUUCAAUUCGUACUCGAUAUACGAGCCGGUUCUCCAUCUGGCGUGCUUGGACUCGUCUAUUGCGAUAAAGAAGGUGUUUUCGGGGUACAAUAAUGUAAUUAUAACAAGCGGAACGCUCAGCCCCAUAUCUAUAUACCCCCGUCUUCUAGACUUCGUUCCUGUCAAGUCCGUGGAAAUAGAUGCACACUCAAAAAGGGGCCUUUGCGCUCUAAUAGUCACAAAGGGAAGCGACCAGAUGACGCUGACCAUGGACCGAACCAACACAAUUUCUAGCUCGUUUUCGCUGCGGGCAGAGCCAGCAAUCGUCAGAAACUACGGAAACCUGCUCCUGGAAAUGGCAAUGUGUGUGCCCGACGGGAUGGUGUGCUUUUUCCCUUCGUACAAGUACCUGGAGGAGGCAAUUUCGGCAUGGAUGGAGAGCGGCAUCAUCCGGAAAAUCAUGGAGUGCAAGCUUAUAUUUGUGGAGCCCUUUGACCACGAAGAGACAGAAAGAGCUCUUGCAGGGUAUAAAAGAGCGUGCGACUCCGGGCGCGGGGGAAUCAUGCUGAGCGUGGCGCGGGGGAAAGUCUCGGAGGGCAUAGACUUUUCCGGGUGCUACGGGCGCGCCGUUCUUGUGCUUGGCGUGCCGUUUCAGUACACGGAGAGUCCUCGGCUUAAAAAAAGGCUUGAGUUUUUGGCAGAUGAGUUUGGGAUUCGAGAGUCGGAGUUUCUUUCCUUUGAUGCAAUGCGGCAAACAGCCCAGUGCAUAGGAAGAGUUCUUAGAUCAAAUUCUGAUUAUGGAAUGGCAGUUCUUGCAGACAGGAGAUUUAACGUUUCCGAAAAGAAAACGCAGCUGCCCAGGUGGAUACAGCGGCACUUGGAGGACUCGAACAUAAAUUUAAGCAUUGACAUGUCGGUUUCGCAGGGCAGGCAGUUUUUUAGAAGAGCGCCCAGUGCAAGAUACUACAACUAA